UUUGUUGUGCGGCUCAGCAGGGAGUAGCGUGUCAGGAACUGGCGUGGGCUGCUUGCUUUCAGGGCUCUUUUAGUUUGUCCUGACAGUCGCUGGUGCUUAUGGAUAUUUGCAGCUUAAAGAUGAGGCCGUGAUAUUAAGAAUUAAGAAUGAUAUUAAGAAAGAGACUAAAAUGGUGCCUCUGUAGUGGGAGGAUAAAUGUUACCGGUGCCUUGUAGCUGUAGUGAAAGUUAGCUUAUGAAUAGCAGAACGCUAGCUGAGUAGCUCAUGCUAGGCCUUACGUUUCCUUUGGCUUGUCGGGACAGUUUAUUGUUUUAUUCCUCUCUUUGUAGAGCAGGCUUUUAUUGUUUCUUUGUUUGCUGUCACAGCGCCGAUAUUUUCCUUUUUCACUGGUGUGUGAAUAAAGCGCCGAUAUGAAGAGAGUGAACAGCCUCCAGAGGUUUAUGAACAGACGGGCCUCUGCUAACUGCCGCUACCAGCCCACCUGCUAUGAACACGCUGCAAACUGCUACACUCAUGCCCUUCUCAUUGUGCCGGCCUUCGUGGGCAUGACGCUGCUGCACUGUCUGUCUAACAACAGCUGGGAGAGGCUCACGGCCUGGGUGUACGGCAUGGGCCUGUGCGCCCUCUUCUUGGUGUCCACUGUGUUUCAUAUCAUCACCUGGAAGAAGAGCCACAUGAGGUCGGUGGAACAUUGUUUUCAUAUGUGUGACAGAGUGGUCAUCUAUGUCUUCAUAGCUGCCUCAUACACACCGUGGUUAAACCUUCGUGAACUGGGCCCUCUAGCAGCACACAUGCGCUGGUUUGUGUGGCUCAUGGCUGUUGCUGGAAUCAUAUACGUCUUCAACUAUCAUGAAAAGUAUAAACUCGUCGAGCUGGCCUUCUAUUUGACAAUGGGAUUUUUUCCUGCUUCGGUCAUAACGUCAAUGAGCAACACUGAUGGUCUGCACGAGCUGGCCUGGGGAGGACUCAUUUACUGCCUCGGUGUGUUCUUCUUCAAAAGCGAUGGCAUCAUUCCCUUCGCCCACGCCAUCUGGCACGUGUUUGUGGCGCUAGCCGCAGCCGUGCACUACUACGCCAUCUGGAAAUACCUCUACAGAGCUCCCAGCACAGAUUCCCUUCUCAAUUCGUGACCCUCCCCCUGCGCCGAUCCACCCUGCACACUGACUCCCUUAACUGCCCACUGAAGCUGCAACAGUAAAGUUUACGAAAACAAUGACCAGGAAUUGUUUACUGUUUUCUAACCAGGAGGAGAACAGAUUUGUCCAUCUCCCCGAUCAACAAAAAGUAUUUUGUAAAAAGAACAACAAAAACCUCAUUCUUUUGUCAGAGAGGAAGGAAAUUUUGACCUUUUUUUUCACUUAAUAACCACGGCACAUAGAUAAGUAUUUGGGAAAUUUGAUAGCAGUCUUUUGUAUCACUUCAGUAGAGGCCAAUCUUUCAUUUAGGUUUUAAACAAAGAACAUCUGGUGAUCUGAACAAGGGAACAUCAAAUGAGGUGCUAAACAUUAGCUCCCGUCAUUUCCAGCAAAACUAUUGGCAUUAUAAGACACCAAAGUGUCCAGAGUCAACAAACUGCACAAGAACUUUGCCAAAGCUAACCCUCAAAAUCACAUUUUUUAAAAUUUAAAAACAGGAAUUAACUCAAAAAACAAAAAAACUAUUGAUCUAACUACACAUUUGAUGCCAGCCUUCAAUAUUCUUCUCAAAAAUCUGAAGAUUUUAAGUGUUUUAUUGUAUUCUGCUGCUGUGUUUUCAGUUGGUUAUUAAAGAAAAAAAAGCUAAAUGUUCAAGUAAUAGGUUUUGAUUUAAUCCACUGAUCCAGUUGUGCACUUUUUUGUUGAAAUGCAUGCGUAGUUCCUGUAACCAGAUGCAGUAUCUCCUGUUAGUGUGUGGCGCCCCCUGGUGGUGGGCUGCUGUAAGACAGCAAUCCUCAGUAUUUGUAGAUGAGACACCUGUGAGGUGGAAUAAUGAGCCAAAAUGAGGAGAUUAUCAGUUCAGGGCAGUAUCACGAGUUUAUCCACAUUCUCUGUAAUGUGAACAGUGUUGUAGUGUGUGUGCGUGUGUGUAUACACAACCUCUGUACUGUAGUGCAGUGUUAUGUCUUCAGUCAUGUUUCAGUUUUUGAUUUGCACCAUGAGGACAAACAGUUUUUGUUUUCAUAAAUUUCCUCAAAGGCUCCUGAGUUUCUGUUGCUCUGAAACUGAAUCCCGGCCCUUCUCGAUGAUUUCUUAACCACUCUGUUUUGUAUAUUCUGUUCUGUUGAUUUCAUGAUCCUGGCCUUUGCAGGGAAAUACUUGUUUCUUGUCUGUUCCACUGGCUGUUAAUGGUGCUGCAUAAACAUGAAAGCUCCUGCACUAUACUGAAUAUCACACUUGUAUUGACAAUAAAGAUGAUAAUUUCCCGAU